AUGAGCUCACCCUUUCGCGCAUUCGACCGCUCGCCCUCGAGCCAGCGGUCGACACCCUCCAGGAACCUCUUCAACGGUGUGAAACGCGUCAAUGGCUACCACCGCUCACCAAGGAACGCCAUCAACGACAGUCCUUCACGCCAGAUUCUGGAAGAGUUCAGUCUCAUGCUUCUCAAUGACGACCGCAACUUCAGAAGUUCGCUGGAUGAGCAAGCCGCAGCGCAAUCCCGACUCCACAUCGAAGCUCUCGAUCGCGCACUUGCUAAGCAUGAGUCUGUGCGAGAAAGUGCCGAGAGGGCGCGUGAGCGCGUCGAGCUGGAACUCGAGCGCGAGCGCAGAAGACUGGAAGCUGAGGAGAGGAGGGCGAUUGAAGAGGCUAGGCGGAAGCUGGAAGAACAGCGGCUUGCGGAGGAGAGGAAGCGGUUGGAGGAACAGCAGGCUCGUGAGGAGGCGCAGAGGAAGGAGGAAGCCCUCAAGCGUCAGCAGGAUGAAGCAAAGCGGAAGGCAGAAGCCGAACGGCAGCAGCAAGAAGAGGCUAAGGCGCAGAAGGAGAGGCAGGACAAGGAGGAGGCGGACAGAAAGGCCAGGCAAGACGCCGAGGCCAAGCAGAGAGCGCAGCAAGCAGAGAACGAGAGGCAGACUGCUGCAUCGCAGGCUCCUGCUGCGGCUCCGCAAACGAACGGAACUGGACUCUCUAGGCCUUCACCGCUGUCCGGCCCUGCGGCUUCUGCUCCGGCUCAAGCAUCCGCCAACCUUCCACAAGGCCUGGUUUCGAGCAACGACGAGCGGGAGGCGGCGCACAAUGCUUACUUGGAUCUCCACAAGCGUCUCAAGCAGAUGCGUGAGCACGUCAGCAACGAAGUCAAGAAGGUUCCGGGAUUGAAAGAUAAGCUAUCAGACUGGAGACGCUCAAUCAAGAAGUGUCUCGGUCAGUUGAGCAAAGGAACAUCGCAAGAAGCGAAGGACACCAACAAGCGAGCGACUGUCGAAAUCACUAAAACCCUCGACGCAGCGGCCCAAGUCUCCGAGCCAUCAAUCGACAUCACCGCCUUCCUCGUCCAAAACCACCAACCCCCCGGCGCCAACACCCAAGGCCCCGCCUGCCUCCUCUUCCUCCUCAACCAUUUCGUCAAAAACAUCAUCAACCAGCUCGUCGUGGGCAGCGGCGACGACCUCAAAGCCGCCGACUCCAUCGGUGUCCUCGCCGUCACCAUUUUCGCCCGCCCCCAAUACCUCUUCAACGGCCAAAGCCUCAUCGACCUCCUCUGGGCCAAAUACCAUAAAGCCUGCCCCGUCCUUUUCGGCAUCUCCGGCAACGAGCGGACGAGAGACGGCCGUAUCCGCCUCGGCUGGCUCAUGGAACCGGGUAGCAACACCUUCAUCGCGCAACAGCAGCACUACGAACGCAUGUCCGGGCUUGGAGCAGGCUUCGCCGCUAUCACUUUGCGCGACUUCUCUAGAAGCAAAAACGCCAAUCCAGCCCCGAAUCGGCUUUACUGGGAGUCCCUCGCCCGCAUCACCAACACCCCCGCGCAAGCAACGACACCCACGCACUUCAUCGUGCUCAAAGGCAUGGUCUCCAACUACGUACCCCGCAUCAUCAACACCUUUGGCAGCGCCGGCAUCGCCGCGUUGCGUCACGCUUUGAUCCUUUUCCCGAACGAGAAGGGCCCAACGGAUGAGAAGGGCAGGAAGGUGCCCGCCGUGACGGCUGUGCUGGCUAUGCCGAUGGUGCUGCAGCGGGAGCUGCAUCUUACGCUCUAG